AUGGCAGAACCCAGCAUUUCAGGGGCUCAGCAUGAGUUUAACUGUUCAGUCUGUCUGAAUCUACUGAAAGACGCAGUGGCCCUGACCUGUGGACACAGUUACUGUAUGAGCUGCAUUAUAGACUACUGGGAUCAGGAUGAUCAGAAGAGAGUCUACAGCUGCCCUCAGUGCAGACAGACCUUCACUCCAAGACCUGGUUUAGGUAAAAACACCAUGCUGGCUGAAGUGCUGGCGAAACUCAAGAAGACAAAACUACAAGCUGCUCUUCCUGCUCAGUGUUACUCUGGAUCUGGAGAUAUGGAGUGUGAUGUCUGUACUGGGGACAAAAAUAAAGCCAUCAAGUCCUGUCUGGUGUGUCUGGAAUCUUAUUGUCAAACCCAUUUUGAACGUCAUGAAGAAUUUCACUCUGGAAAGCGACACAAAAUGACUGAUGCCACUACACGACUACAGGAGAUGAUCUGCCCUCAACACGAUAAACUGCUGGAGAUUUUCUGUUGUACUGACCAGAGCUGUGUAUGUUAUAUGUGUAUGGUGGAUGAACACAAAAACCACAACACUGUAUCAGCUGCUGCAGAGAGGACUGAGAAACAGGUAUGA